AUGUCGGGAAAGCGUGGUCCGAAAGUAAAAUUGACCGAUUCAGAGAGAAAAAGACGCAAAAAGGAGAGAAAUGUAACCGUGAACAAGUGCAGAAUUUCAAUCGGGGAUCAGAUUGAGCGAUGGGAUGAAUUAAAAAACCAGUUUGCCAUCGAGAAUAAUGCUGAAAUGGCGAAAGUAUUACUGGACUGUUAUGCUGAGAAAAACUCAGGUAAUCAGACAACAUUUAAGACUAAUGAUAGAGGGAAAUUUGUUCCACAUGGCACUUCAACACCUGCUCCAUGUAAAAUCGCUAGGAGAGAUUCAGAAUCUGAAAUUUCUAUUUUAUCGACAGAUGAAUUUAAGAAAAGAGAGGAGAGUGAAAUAUCUGGAAUUGAGGAUAUUGAUUCUGUUGGUGCCACAAGUAGUAGUAGGAAAAUUUCAUGUCGCCCAUUUUCAAGCAGUUUCUUGGAUCCUUUUGAUCUCACUGUGUAUUCAUCUGAGGUGCAAGAUGACAUAGAUGAUGCAGUGGAUGAUGACUAUGAACCAAGUUUUCAUCUUUCACUGAGACUGGAUCAUGGAAUUUUGCCCAGUGAAUCAGAGGAUGAGGAAGAUGAAGAUAACAUUCAAGACACUGAACAAGAAGUAGAACUUGGUCCCAACAUUAAGAGACUGAGAACCAAUGAUGAAAUCGGGACACUACUUGAGGAUCAUCCUGUCUUGGUCAAUACUCAGCAAUUAAUGGAGCUUGCGAGGACAACAGUGCCCACCAUUUGCAAAGUUAAAGGAUGUGGCGACAUUGUGCAAAUGAAUCUGCAAACAGUAUCCUCUGCAGUCUACCUUAAGUGGGUUUGUGGGAAAGGGCAUACUGCAAACAAAUGGAGUUCACAACCCCUUUUGAACAGAGGCCUGCAUAGCACUGACGUUUUGAUAUCGGCUGCCUUAAUAGCUUCCGGGAACAACUUCCAAAAAAUGGCAAUGUUUGCAAAGUUUCUGAAGCUUCCUUUCCCUUCACAGACUUCAUUUUGCAAGAUGCAACGGACUUAUGCAUUGCCAAGCAUCGACCAGAAAUGGGAAAUUCAUCAAAAUGAAAUCAUGAAUGAAUUUCAAGGGAAGAAUCUGGUGAUUUUAGGGGAUGGGCGCAUGGAUAGUCCAGGCCACUCAGCCCAGUUCUGCACCUACACAUUUAUGGAAAACACCACACACAAAAUUCUCCAUAUUGUUGUCAUGGAUAAACGCAUGACAGGGGGGAAGAGCGCAGUACUGUUUUCAGAGAGGAUUACAAUUUCUUCUUGACAAAGGCCUAAUAAUUUCAGAGAUUGUUACAGAUGCCCAUGUUCAAGUUGA